AUGGGCAAGACAAAUGACGGGCGAGAAAAACUGCGCCAACUUCUCCUUCAGCACGGCUCUUUCGAGAAAGUUGAAGGGGCCCUUGAGCGGUGGCAUGAGCAGAAGAAGCAGACCAAGGAAGCUGGUGGAUAUGUUACGAAGGAGCGAUUGAUGAAGGAGAGGCACUACACGAGGUCAAUGGCCGACCAUGCCUUUGAGUGGGCCAGACCGCUAGGGUUGGUCAGGGUUUCGAAGAUACACGGAGCCGAGGAGGCUGACAUCCCUCUCGAUUUCGAGUGGUCGAAGACACGUGAAAGCGGGAGCAGGAUUGGUUUCUCCAGCUCCUUCAGCAUGGCUGAGCCUUUGCUACAUUUACAUGUGUCAAGAGCUUGCUACCUCUGUUUUAUCCUUGGCUCCUUGUUCCCCACAUGGAAUUCUUAG